UAUCAAUUACAGUCAUUAUGUUCGUUUUUAACUAUAUAACAGCUGCCAAGAGGAGUUGCCAAUCUAUGUUCGUGAGCAUGCGCAAAAUGUAGGUCCUCUCGAGCAUUUCUUGAUAUCUGACGUUCCUGAUGUAUAUUUCAAUAUUGUGACAGAAGGUUUGGAAAGGGCAAACUAACAGCUAUACCAGAUAAAAAACAGACAAUUUGAUGUCGAAAGUAUUCCAGGGUAUUCUAGAGUAUUGCACUAUGGACUGGUGUCUUCCGAUUUUUCCAAUUUCUCUCAUGGACUAUAUCAACAACAAUCAGUGGAAGCAACUGCUUGCAGAAGAAUUCAACAAACCUUAUAUUAAACAGAUUGAGUACAAAAUAACAAAUCAUCUUAUUGAUCUUGACAUUAUUUAUCCGCCAUUAAAUUUGAUAUUCCAUGCCCUAAAUGUGACACCAUUGGAAACGACCAGGGCAGUAAUUGUUGCACAAGAUCCAUAUCCUGGUGGUCAGGCAACGGGGGAUGCUUUCUCGGUACACAUGGCCGAUCCGGUUUCUCGAUCGUUAGAUAAUAUAUUUAAGUUAUUUCAAAUGAUUAUCCCGGGAUUUCAAAUCCCGAAUCAUGGAUGCCUGGACCCCUGGGCAAGCAACGGCGUUCUCCUUCUAAAUUCUAUACUUACGGUGACUGCCGGUAAGCCGAUGUCCCAUAAAACAUAUGGCUGGCAGGAGCUGACAAAUGCCAUAAUAAGAAUCAUCAGUGAAAAAUGCAAUGGUGUCGUUUUCAUUUUAUUUGGUUCUAUUGCCAAACAAAAGGAAGGGUUGAUCGACAAAAACAAACAUACCAUUUAUACAUUUCCACAUCCUUCCCCACGCUCAAUGUCGUCAUUCUUGAAAGGUCCACUUGUUCCUUACCCAAUCGAUGCACCCAUAAGUCAAAUUAAUUGGACACUGCCAAUUCCUAAUCCUUUUUUAAGCUAACAGUGUAUACCAAUGAUUGAAUACAAUUAAAUAUUUCUUUUAAAAGCGGUAAAGCGAAGGUUUGUAGCAUUGGAGUUUUUUAUUCAACUUUCAUGAGAAGCUUUAGAAUAAAUAUAUAUUAUCAAGGAAAGACGGCGAUAUCAGUAAAUUAUUUGCUGUACUAGUAUUCUUUAACUUCAAUAA